AUCUGUCUGUAAACAAACACGGAAGUGAGCAGUAGUGUGUGUAUAAAGUGUGUAUGAAGGUGUGUAACAGUGUUACAGUGUAAUGGUGUGAGUGUGUGUGAGCGGGCGGCUGCGCUCGGGGGUGGGGAGGACAGCGCGCGCUGUAGCUGAUGCGGGGAUCAUGCUGAUAACGCUGUGUUACCUGUACCUGUGGGUCCGCUUUCAGAAGUGCUACACGACGGUGAUCCGCGGCGCGCUGAGGCGGCUGAGCGCGAGCCGCGGCGGGGUGGCUUUCUGCGCCCUGCGCGAGACCAGCAGCCCCCCAGCCUUCCUCACCCGGGGAAACAAGGCCAUAUACUUCACCGAGCCGCAGGCAUGUGAUGACCUCAGCAAGUGGACACUGCUUUUGGGGUCCUCUCUGAUUAGUGGACCAAGAGUUGAGAAUAUCGCCUUUAUCAUAGAGGCCACAGCAGGACAGAAAGCGGCCCAGUCACCUCAAAGAUUAAAUAAAAAAGUUCUGAAGUGGUCAGACUAUUGCCUUCCUCUGGCCUGCAGUCCUGGACAGCCCUACAGGGCAGUGGCUGAGGCCAGCCUGGACAACUUCAGCACUCUGGGAGUGGCUUUUCUGGAAGGUCGCCUGCAGAUGGAAAAUGGCCUUAUACCGGAAAAGAUAGUUUCGGUGUCACUCAGGGAAUCUGCACUGAAAGAGCUCUUUGAAAAGCAGCGGUCGGACGUGGGGAAAACACUUCAGUCAUUUCCCGCCUGCUUACCGAAAGGGGUUGUGCUGUCCACCGCCUCUCUGUGCGAGCAGGAAGUUCUGGAUGUGCUGCAGCUCCGCAGGAAGAGCAGCCUGCGUCUUUCAGCAGCACGCAGAGACUCGGACGCCUCCAGCGCCGGCAGUGAACGCAGGGCUGUACGUGAGCAGCCGGUGUCAGAGUCAGAUCACGCAGCAGAGCACCACCAUAUGGAGGGCCACCACCUACACUUGUCCAGCUGCCACGAGUGCCUGGAGCUGGAGAACAGCACGAUCCUCUCGGUUAAAUAUGCCUCAGUGGAGAACAUCCCAGACCUACCUGAUGACUACGAGUGCACAGGAGUGGAUGAUGAUGAUGAGGAGGUGGGCGAAAGUGUCUCGCCCUACUUCUCAGGCCAGAGCCGGCGGAUGAACGUCAAUGGAAAACCUCCGAAUGUGCUGGUGUUCACAGGUGGCUGUGAGGAGCGUUACGAGCGUGUGCGCUCCCUGCUGGCUGAAUGUAUCGACACGGACAGUUACAUCAUUUACCCUCUCCGGCCUCAGCAGGCGCUGGGCGAGCCCUGGCUGGAGAGCGCUCUGCUGCUGGUGCUGGCCACCGACCAGCCACUCACACCCCAGCUGCAGCUGCGCUUCCUGGACUACCUGAGCCAGGGCGGUAAAGUCCUGGGCCUGUCGAGCACACUGUGCCCCGCCGGACUCCGACUAAAGCCCAGAGAGGGUCGGAGGGACCAGAUCUGCAGGCUAAGCUUCACUAAAGCAGACAGUUCUGAGGUGCAGCUGAGCGUACUGGCCAGCGGGAGCGCCUACGAGCGCGAGCCUCAGGAGGGCAGCAGCAGCGCACAGGUGGAGUUGUGGGGGGAGCUGAGCACUGAGAAGAAAGAUACAGAGGAAAAGGACAUGGUCAUAGUCAGAGUGACGCAUGGAGAGGACAGUGGGGAAGCAGUCCUAUGUCAGGUGCGUUUGGAAACUGCCCCAGAUGCUGAGCAGGUGCAGAGCUCUGCUGGUUUCUCCGAGCUGAAAAUGAGUAAUGCAAGGAGAUAUGAGGUUCUGACUGAGAUCCUCACCUCUCUGGGACUGAGCUGUGAGCUGAGUCAGGUUCCUCCACCCAGCCCUGUCUACCUGCUCUGCACCCAGCCGGAUCUGAAGAUUGUGUUCGUGAGCUGGUUGCGGGGGCAGGUGGAUGGUGAGGGGGUGCUGUGCUCUAUGAAGACCAGGCUGAGAGUGGCAUGGGGCAGAGAGGAGCAGACUGAGCUGGCUGAGGGAGAGCUGGCUCUGCACACUGAACCCCCAGAGCACCUCUCUGAACACUUCAGCAUGCAGACCUACACCCAGCACCUGCAGAGCCGGCGACUGGGCCGCACCCUGCUCUACACUGACGUCACACCGACCACCAUGGACCUGCUAGAGGGGUUGAUGUUGAAGGUGCCGGAGGACAUGGGGUUGAUUGCCGUGGCAGCCCGGCAGACUAAGGGCAAAGGGCGUGGAGGGAACGCGUGGCUGAGUCCGCUGGGCUGUGCCAUGUUCACACUGCACCUGCAGGUGGAGGUGAGCUCACGACUCGGCCAGAGAAUCCCCUUCCUACAGCACCUCGCUGCUCUCGCUGUGGUGGAGGCUGUGCGCACACUGCCUGGAUACGAGGAUAUUGAUCUUAGAUUGAAAUGGCCCAACGAUAUCUACUACAGUAACCUGAUGAAGCUGGGAGGAGUUCUGGUUAACUCCACUGUAAUGGGGUCCACCUUCCACCUCCUCGUCGGCUGUGGCUUCAAUGUGAGUAACAGCAACCCCACCAUCUGCAUUAAUGACCUGGUGGUGCAGCAGAACUGGGAGCGGGGGAGCAGUCUGGAGCCCCUGAGCUCGGCUCAGCUCAUCGCUCGCUCGGUCACUCUGCUGGAGCAGCUCAUCUCUCAGUUCCAGCAGCAGGGGCCGAGCGCAGUGCUGCCUCUGUACUACAAGAGAUGGGUGCACAGUAAUACACAGGUGCGCUUGUGGAGCGAGGAUGGUCCAGAGGCUGCUGUAGUGGGGCUGGAUGAUCAUGGCUUCCUGCAGGUGAGCUCUCGAGAGCAGGGCACCGUCUCAGUCCAGCCGGACGGGAACUCCUUCGACAUGCUAAGGAACCUCAUCAUUACCAAGCACAACUAGACACACACACAUACACACACACACAUAAACAUGAGUUUAAUGCAGCUACAUCCUAUUUUUACAAUUGUAUAACGUAGAUUUAAACAUAUAAGGAGACAGUAAUAUCAGGAAAGCUACUGAGAUGCUCUCUGUAACUAUAAGACUAUAAGAACUCUGUGAAUUUAGAUUUAUGCUUAGAUUCAUUUGUUCAUUGUAGUUUUGUUUGAACAAAGUCUGAACUUUCUAAAAUGUUUUAGACUACAUUCACACAGCAGGUAAAAGUUGCCGCAUAUCUAAUUUUCUCUUAAAGUCUUAUGUAUUUUUCAUUUAUUUUUAUGUAAACUGGCGUGAAUGCACAAAAGAGCAAUGCUUCACGUGAAGUUCAGGUGUGAAAACAGUAAUCGCACUGGGGUGUGGAUCAAAACAACGUGAGAAAGUGGUCCAUCUCAAUCAGACCCAGCUAUUAAAUAUUCUCCUUUUAUUUGAGCUAAACUGCUAAUAAGGUGCAGUGUAAUCUGAUAUAUUAGCCAGAUAAAGCUAAUUACCACAUCUAUGAACGCACACUGUCUCUGCUGCUCCAUGCUUUAAGCAGUUUCAUACUGAAUGCUGUAUGUGCUGCGUUCACUGCUUGUAACCGUACAUCUGCACUGCACGUCCUAUUAAAAACAAUGUGUUUAAAAAUGCAGCGUUUUAGCAUUCCUUCAGCUUUCAGUGUUAAAGCAGCUUCACACUGCAUAGAUACACCCUCUGGAACACAGAAACUUCUCCCUAUAUUUACAAAUCUGAUAUGUAUUGGGUUUCAGUACCACAUAUUGACGUAGACCAAAUCUGAAUUGAAUAUAUGAAGUUACACUUAUAUAGCGUCUUUCUAAACACACACAACCAUUUACACUCAGCAGUCAUCCACACACCGGUGAGAUGUGGCAGCCAAUUACACACAGCAUACUCUUAACCUGAAACAACCACCCACCUGUAAGACUGCAUUGGGCACUGAGGAGUUGACCCAGGACAGAGUGCCAAUCCAUAUAUGGGCAUACAGUCAUAAACACAUUUAUCUUUAUGUUUUUGAACGAUGGGAGGAAACCAGUGACUGAAAGAAACCCACAUGGAAAAACAUGUAAACUCCACCCAGACAAGGACUUGAAACCCUGGACCCCAGCACAGGGAGGCAAACGUGCUAAACACUAAACCAAUGUGCUCCGCAAAAAUAUCAAAUUCGUUGUUUGUUUAUAUUUCAGACGAGCGCUGGAUGUAAAUCUACUUGGAUUUCUCUCAUAAAACUGUUUAUUUGGGUAGGUAAAGCGCUUCCGUUUACUUACAGCAAGCUUAGUUUUACAGAUUUCCACUAAAGCUGGAGAAGUAGCAUUAGUGGGUAACCGUUAGCAGUUAGCGGCUAAUUACACCCGACGGAGCUACGCUGAAGGACAUGUUCCGGUAACCCAGGGUGAUAUUAGCUAGCAGUUCGCUCCACGUAGCUUGUUUUAACAAGGUAAACACACAGACUACAGCCUGAUAUACUCGCCUCUGAACAGCAAAAGAGCUAGCGCUCUGGUUAGUGGCUGAUGCUAUUGCUGCUCCAGCAGUGCUAGUCAGGGUUAGCAGGGUGGCCAAAAAGCUAACACUUCUCGUGGUUAGCGGCUAAUGCUAAUACUGUUGGAGAACUGAACUGAAACUCCAUUAAAAUUCUGUACUUCAGCAGAGUGGCUUUACUGCUCCUUACGAUCUGACUGGUAAAAUAUAUAGGUAAAAUAUAUACAUAAAAUGCACAGGAUUUUAAGGCACACUGACGAUUUUUAGGAAAAUUAAAAGAUUUGAAGUGCGCAAAAAAUAUGGUGCAUCCAAUGUGAGCCACUUCUACCUGCUGUGUGAACAUAGCCUUACUUGGUGAUUUGCGUAACUGUAGGCAACAACAGAUGGUGUUGAGGUUUCUUUAACAGUGCUUAAAUUACUUGAUGACUUGGGAGUUCAGACUUUGUUGGUCACCAGUUCUCCACCAGGAGAGCUACCUACCAUUCUGCAGGAUUCACCUACAAUCCAGAUCCAACACACCUCCUCAUUCAGCACACAAGCACUUCUCAAGGCAAUAAUCGGAAGGAUUUUUGGGGUUAAGAAAUGGUGCAACUAGAGCCUGCAAGAAGGUGGAUCUCUGGGAACAGGUUUGGUGAACAUAGGUUUAAGCAGCUAUAGGAACAGCUUAUAAUUAGGCUGAAGAGACUGAAUUUAAACAAGCCUUUAAGUUACAGGGUUCGUUUUUUUGGUUAACCAAUCUUAUGUCUUAAAUACUUGAACUUGUAGAAUGAAAAAAGACACCUAGAUUUAGGAAGGUAUGUUGCUUAAUAACGUAAAACACAUGGAUUGAUGUCUAGUUUAAUGUUUGUUUAAUGGGUGAACUGAACUGCUUAUACUUGGUCAGAUAAUAAGAGCAUAGUUCAGUGUUUAAAACACAUAAAUCUUCUUUUCUUUAGAUUUAAUCCCUAUAAGUAUGAGUGUACGAAUCAUUUUGGCUGAAUAAUUGUAAUCCAUAAUUGUUUAAAGUACAGAAAUAGCAUUUCAUAUACAUACAGCUCUGGCAAAAAAUAGGAGACCACUUCAGUUUCUGAAUCAGUUUAUCUAUAUUUUGCUAUGUAUAAGUGUUUGUUUGAGUAAAAUUAACAUUGUUGUUUUAUUCUACAACUACGGACAAAAUUUCUUCUAAAUUCUAAAUAAAAUUAUUGUCAUUUAGAGCAUUUAGUUUGCAGAAAAUGAGAUGAAUGGAUGAAAUAACAAGUUCAUAUUCAUAAAGUUUUAACAGUUUAGAAAUAAUCAAUAUUUGGUGGAAUAACCCUGGUUUUUAAUCACGGUUUUCAUGCAUCUUGGCAUCAUGUUCUCCUCCACCAGUCUUACACACUGCUUUUGGAUAACUUUAUGCUGCUUUACUCCAGGUGCAAAAAUUCAAGCAGUUCAGUUUGGUUUGAUAGCUUGUGAUCAUCCAUCUUCCUCUUGAUUAUAUCCAGAGGUUUUCAGUUUAUUGAAAUCAGAGAAACUCAUCAUUUUUAAGUGGUCUUUUCCAGAGCUGUAUAUAUUUUGCAGAAUAUUUCACACCAGCAUGCUACAACCUACAGCACAACGGCCUGAAAUUGCAUGUUAGCUUUGAAUAUGCAAAUAUAUAUCUAUAAAGUUUGCUUCAGUUCCUUUAGUUAUGUAUGCAGAAAUUGUUGCAAUAAGGUGUUCAUAUUCCAUAAUAAUGGAUAUAAAGGUCUAGUUUGAUUUCAUGUGAGACAGUUUUUAAAUAAAUAUAUAUUAUAUAUUAUAUAAGUGUUUCUAUAUAGGGUUGGAGCACUUCAGUACUGCAAGUCGUCUUGUUAUACUGUAUCCACAUGCAGGGUCUUUUAAACGAAUCAAAACCAUAGAUUACAGUGUGUUACUUUAAGCCUUAUCUUUAAUUUAACUUAAUUGAAGUGUGUCUGUAGUUUUUGUGAAUCAUUAAAUGGAGUUUAUACAUUUACACGAGCAUGUGUAGCCUUUACAGAUCUCCAUGAACUGAAGUGAGAUUGUAGUUGGUAAAUGUCCUCAUUAAUCAUUAAUGAUUAUUUUUUUCGAGGUGGUUGGUUUGUAUAUCUUGCUUCUCACAUCAGCAUAGAAACGAAAGUGAGAAAUGUAGUUGAUAUUUUGUUAUAAUCAACUGUUUGUAUACAGAAUGUGAAUUACUUCUACUCUUAAGUCAUUCCAGUGUUAAAUUGAGUGGCUUUAACUUCAAAUAAAAGAAAUGUGUUGACUGAA